AUGCUAGCUAUUAACACUAGUGUAGCAAAAAGCACAAACAAGACUCCUUUUCAAGUAGUUUUUGGCCAACAUCCAUGUACAGAGGACGAUAUUUGGAAAACCAUUUUCAAUCGUCAACAACAAGGUGGUAUUAGUACAAUGAUUUUAGAAGAAGAUUUAUCUGAUGACAUUGCAAGUAUAAGUAGGGAAGUGGAUGAAGAUGAAUCUCGAUCAACUUCUGUUCAAGGUGAUGAUAAGACUGAACAGUUAAAUACGAAUGAAAAAAUGAUACAUAAUGAAGAUCAAGAAGAAGAUAAUGAUAAAGAUGAUAUACAACAAGAUAUUGUAAUUGAUCAUGAAGAAUGUGUCGAUGAAACUGAAUUGCCACAGAAUAAAGCUAAUUUAAAUAUUAAUUUAAAUUCUUAA